GUGUGUGUGUGUGUGUCCAAUGCCGAGAGAUGGAGGGCCACUGCCGUCACAGCAGAAACUCCAAGAGGUGACAGCUAGUUGCAAGAGGAAGUCCUGGCCUACUGCUUGGGCAAGAGGCAGAGCUGGGCCGGCUAUGUGGCUGGGGGUACUGCAGCUGCUGUUGCUGUUGCUGGUGGAUCCACCCACCACCAGCACGGAGGACCCCGCCUUUCCCCACCUGGGCGACAGCUCACAGCCCCCACCACGGGCCUGUCCCUGGCGCUGCUCCUGUCCCCGUGCUGACACUGUGGACUGCGCUGGCCUGGACCUGAAAGUGUUCCCAGACAACAUUACCAAGGCCGUUAGGCACCUCUCCUUACAGAACAACCAACUACAGGAACUCCCCUACAACAAGCUGUCCCGCCUCAGCGGCUUGCAAACCCUGGACCUACACAGCAACCUCAUCUCCUCAGAGGGCCUGCCCGAUGAGGCCUUUGAGUCCCUCACCCAGCUAGAGCACUUCUAUGUGGCCCACAACAAGCUCACAGUGGCCCCCCAGUUCCUGCCACGCUCCCUGCGAGUUGCUGACCUGGCUGCCAAUGAAGUAGUGGAGGUCUUCCCGCUCACCUUUGCAGAAAAACCCCUGCUCAGGUCUGUGUACCUCCACAACAACCAAUUAAGCAACACUGGCCUGCCACCAAACACCUUUCGAGGCUCGGAGGCCAUCACCACCCUGAGUCUCUCCAGCAACCAACUUAGCCGCCUGCCACCCGGUCUGCCAGCGUCCCUGGAGCAGCUUCACCUGCAGGACAAUCUUAUCUCCAAAGUGCCCAGAGGAGCAUUAAGCCGCCAGACUCAACUUCGUGAGCUGUACCUCCAGCAUAACCAAUUAACCGACAGUGGCCUGGAUGUGACCACCUUCAGCAAGCUGCACAGCCUGGAGUACCUGGACCUGUCUCACAACCUGCUGGCUACCGUGCCUGCAGGCCUGCCCCGGACCCUGGCUGUACUGCACCUGGGUCGCAACUGCAUCCGGCAGGUGGAUGCAGCGCGGUUGCGGGUGGCAAGGGGCCUGCGCUACCUGCUAUUGCAGCACAACGAGUUGGGGGCCUCGGGGCUGCCAGCAGGGGCGCUGCAGCCGUUGCGGAGCCUGCACACGCUGCACCUCUAUGGCAACAGGCUGCAGCGCGUCCCGCCCACGAUGCCCCGGCGCCUGCGGGCCCUGAUAAUGCCGCACAACCGCGUGGCAGCACUGGGUGCCCGUGAUCUGGCCUCUACGCGGGGCCUGGUGGAGCUCAACCUGGCCUACAACCACCUGGCCAGCGCGCGCGUCCAUCCGCGGGCCUUCCGCCGCUUACGCACCCUGCGCAGCCUCGACCUGGCUGGCAACCAGCUGAGCCGGCUGCCCGCAGGCCUGCCUACCAGUCUGCACGAACUGCGGCUGCAGCACAACCACUUGAGGGCCCUGGAGCCUGAGAUGCUGGCUGGUCUGGAUCAGCUGCGGGAGCUCAGCCUGGCGCACAACCAGCUCCGCGUCGGCGACAUAGGGCCUGGCACCUGGCACGAGCUGCAGGCACUGCAGGUGCUGGACCUAAGCCACAAUGAGCUAUCAUUUGUGCCCCCUGACCUGCCCGAGGCCCUGGAAGAGCUACACCUGCAGGGUAACCGCAUCAGUCACGUGGGCUCGGAGGCCUUCGUCAGCACACCCCAUUUGCGUGCCCUCUUUCUCAGGACCAACAGGCUCCAUAUGACAAGCAUCUCGGCUGAGGCCUUCCUGGGGCUGGUGCACCUACGCAUGGUAGACACUGCAGAUAACCCAGAACAGGUCCUAGUCCAGCUGCCACCCACAGCCCCACUUCAGCCACGAGGCUAGCUAUGGCCCUGAUCUGAGCUCCAAUGGACUGUGGACUAAGGAAGCUUUCAGCUAUAGCCUGGGGCCCUCGGAAGCUGGGCCUGCUGUGCCACCUUCUUGAAGGCUCAAGGAAGGGACUGAAUUAGGAAGCAUGAUGGCCUGAAAAUUCUAGGGACACAGAUACUCCCUGUCCCUCCAACACAGAUGGAGAUGGAAAAAUAAAGUGGCCUCCU